AUGGACCAACCUGGCAUGAGAGACUCUGUGAGCAUCGUGCGGACACUCCCCAGUAUAGCUCAAUGGAUCACCGAGGAUUUCGAUGCGUACGCUGCAGAAAAGGCCGAUCAGUCGCUGGCCUGUGAACCGUUCGUAUGUUCACGCUGCCAGACGGAUUUUACUCCAGUUUGGAAGCGCAGACGCCCUGGGUCAUCAGAAGUAGUCUGUGAAGCGUGUAUCGUCGACAGCCAGCGUUCGGCGAUUCAUAAAUCUUACCAUAAUUCGGUGAAUACAGCUUUGAAACAGCACGCCGCUUCGGAGCGUGAGAUAGAACAUGAAUACCAGGACAUCCUAAACACGCCAAACAAACUGGAGGCAUUCAUUAAGGAUCAGGAACGCAAGCUAUCAUCGACACAUCAGCAGCAGCAGCAACAACAACAUACGCAACAACAAUCUCAAGUCGUAUCCGCCACAGGACAGCGGUAUCAGCAACCACCUGCACAGCAACAGCAGCAACAACAGAGCUUCCAGUCACAGGGCACAUUUUCUGGUUCUCGGCAUCCUCAGGCAACCACGGCAAAUAAUGCUACAGCAGUACACUUUACGAUUCCGAACGUGAAUGCUCGUCGGCAAAAUCCAAACACGUUAGUCACAUCAGCAAGCGCACCAUCAUUGUCCAUACACCAGCAGCAACAGCAGCAGCUAGCAUCGCAAUACCAGCAACUGAGCAAGGUCGUAGCAGCCGUUGCCGCGGGUAACAACCAAGCUCAGUCAACCUAUUCGGUAAACACUAAUCCAGUUAACGUCACUGCUGGGCUUAUGAUGGCAGCCGCUGCCAAUCCGAUGCUUUUGGCAGCAGCAGCAGCAAAUGCCUCGAGUCAACAACAACAACAACAGGUUGCCGCAGCAGCAGCACUGCAACAGCGUUUGGCCACCGCCGCUGCACUGGGGGAAUUCCAACAGUCUCAGCAAUCCCAAGUCAGCACGACAGCAUCGAAUUCCACCCUAGAUCAAUUCAGCCAGUUGACGCAGAUGCAAGCGUUGUUGAUGAACAGCCUUCUUUGUGGUGCCUCUAACCAGGCUGUCGGAAACAGACAACAGCAGCAGCAGCAGCAACAACAACAAAUGUUACAGCAAGCCCUGUUGCAGUACACGUACUUGCUGCAGCAACAACAACAGGCAGCCGCACAAGCUCAAGCCCAACAGCAACAAGCCAGCGCUGCUGCUCUGCAUCAGUUAAUGGGCGGAGCGGCGAACAAUCCCGCAGCAGUCAUGACUCUCCUGACAAAUUUGUGCAAUUUGAAUGCUGCGUCAAAUGCAUCUGCGAAGAAGUGAGAAUUCGCACACGGAUCACUUUUGAAUUACAGCUCGACGGUUUGUCGAUCACUUCUAAUCGUAAUGAGUGAACUGUUAGUGGUUUGCGCCAUUUUCACUCACCCGUGAUUCUUGUAAUACGUCACGCAGUCUUUUCUGUGGCACUAAACAAUCCAUCGAUAACUCUACAGUGGCAACAUGGUCUACUUGUCCGUCCUUUCACACUUUUUUUAGACUGUGCUUAAAAUUGGAUCCCUGUACAUAUCCUUAAUCUUCUUGCCUCUUCAACUUCGGUUUUAAUUUCGUGUCUCUUUUGUGUCUGCUCCGAGUCGUUUGUACUUCUGCUAACCUGUUCACUCAUCUUGCUAUUAUUAUAUCCAUUUCCCAUUUGCAC